CUAAUCAGUGGCAUUAAUCCAUCAAUUAACUUUCGGGUAGAAAAGAAAAGCGGCAGUACCACCGGCCUGGAGGGCUCGAUUUGAGUACACCUGGUGUUCGGUAAGUAGGUCAGAUCGCUUAUCCUUGAGAUCUGCAGGGAAGGUCAGCUUUCACAGCGGCUGUCGGAUGAUACCGGCUUUCAAAGCUAGCGGUCCUGUUGAGCCUCGACGCCUGACAUGUUCACGGAGUUCAUAGCUGUGGAGUAUUUUCUAUGUCAAGAUCAGAAUAGUCCCAGAUGCACAGAAGCCUACAGAUUGCCCAGAGCCCAGAGAAGGACUACAAUUCCACUGGUAACCGUGAACCAUGAGAGAGGACUACAAAUCUGUCAGUCACCAUGGAUACAUCUGAUGCCCUGGCAAAGUCUCCGCCCCCUUCCAAGGUCUGUCACAGAAACAGAGGAACGAGAGCGUGCUGAAGGAGGGCUUCAGGAGACAGAGUCUGGACUUGAGACGCACCUGAAGAUUGGGUGCGGAAACGACGGCCCUUACUUGCGUGAUGCGUUCAUCUUCCCGCUGCAGGUGUCGGUGUGUGAGGCUAACAUGGCGGUAAAGUGUCAGCUGGGCAGGUUUGCAAAAAAAAAGACGGGAGAGGAGGACAGCGACGGUGGCAGCGGCGGCUUUGGCGUUUCCGCUCUCAGCAGAAUGAACCCGGCGCGGAGCGUGAAGAGGGGCGCUGAGGGCCGCCCCGCCCAGUGCCCCGGCUUCGGCACCUCGGGGAAGAGCUUCCUCAUCGACAACCUGCUGGGAACUCGGGGACCCCCCCCAGAACCCCCGGGACCCGGGAACCCCCCGCCCAGGGCGUCCUCGCCCCCACGGACCGGCGGGCCCGCGGGAGGGGAAUGGAGAGCCGGAGUGGGGUCUCAACAGGGUACCCCGAAACACUGGAGGUCUGUCCAUGCGAAAGGUUUCAUCCCCCAGUCUUAUACAGGUUUUCCCACACUUUCCUCGCGGCCCCCGCCAGCGUUCCUGACGUUCUGCGGCGGUUCGGGACCGUUCCCCGCGCCCCCCGCCGCUUUUCCCAAAGGAUCAAGCCUGGCACUUUGGCCCCCAGAUUCUGGCCCCAGGUCGCGGAAGGGCAUCCUGAGGCGGGCCGUCUUCUCCGAGGAGCAGAGGAAGGAGCUGGAGAGAACCUUCCGGAAGCAGAAGUACAUCGGCAAGGCCGACAGGAACAAGCUGGCGGCUGACCUGAGGCUGAAAGAGUCCCAGGUGAAGAUCUGGUUCCAGAACCAGAGGAUGAAGUGGAGGAACUCGAAAGAGAAGGAGGUGCUGUGUGGGAGGCCCUCGGCCGAGGAGCUCUCGCCGGUGAGUGAUCUGAGGAGAGGAGAGGAGGCGCAGGAGCGAUCGCCUCUCAGCAAAGUCGGGGAAACGGCCCGGGACACGCUGAGAACGAAACCAUGGCAUGAGCCCCACUCCUGUGAACAGUUAAAAAAACCCCACGAUUCCUCGCACCAAGCCUUCACACAGAGAUACUCCAAAAUGGACACAGCAAGGGAACUCAACACCGGCAAUAAAGAAUCUCUGUUCCUCCACGUCCGUUCCACACAUCUUCACUAAGUAAGAAAGAAUGAGGCCCGGAUUUAAUCAGCCAUUGUCCUUAACUCUGGCUGAUGAUUAAAAGCAAGAGUUGUUCUGUUUCUUUUCUAUCACAAGCACAGUUUGACAAGUUUAGCGAUCGCUAAAACGUUCUUGCCAAACUGAGUCUGUGAAGAAAAAAUGUAAUGCAAGGCUUGUACUUGUUUGUGAGUCGAAGUGACGGGCAAAUAAUUUAAUCCGGGCUAAACAUUAGUGACAAAGAUAAAUUAAAAAAAGAUAUCUCACUGUAAGUGUAGCAACUGUAAUGUGUGUGCAUUAGAGUUCCCCCUGAUCUGGUUCCACGAAAGCCACAGUGAUUCUUCUUUCUUCUUACUGGAUCGAUGCAGUCAGCUGGGUGAGCAUGUAAUUCACCUCGCCUGGUUUCUUGGGUCUGGUGCCGUUGCUGAUUUUGAGGUGAAAAUAAAAACCAGGAAAGACAGUGGCUCUCCACAACCAGGGCUGAGAAUGCUGGAUCCACGGCACGUUGACCAGUGGUAACCAAUCCUGUUCCUUGAGAUCUAAAGUCCUGCAGGUUUUCACUUCAAUCCAAACAAAGCACACCUAAUUCCAACAGCUUAUUGAGCUUCUAAUGAGUAGUCAGGUGUGCCAAAUUAGGGUUGAAAUGAAAAGCUACAGGUUGGUAGAUCUGGUGUAGACCAAUGAAGCCGUCAAGCAGACAUGUGCUAAUAGCAGGAUUUCAUAUUGUGUCCUUGGUCAUUUCUGUAUUUGGUGGCAGUGUCCGGAUUUUUACACACCUCUUGCGCAACAAAAGCUGUGAAAAUUCUGAUUUUGCUGUAUUUUCCUGUAUGUCAGAAUUAAUAUUUAGUCAUCAGACUUCUUGAAAGUAACUGAAACCCUACAGUCGGAAACCUUGUAGGAUACAUGGUGUCAUGUGUUGUAACACUGUAUUGUCAUUGUUGACAAAACGCUAAUUAAACUUUAAAUUACCUUACAGAAAACUGGAUCAUUGAUGCGAAUGGGGGUAUUGUACUUAGAACUGCACUGAAAAAUAAGCAUUGCUAAAACAAGAGAUUGAGAUGGAUAGCCCCUCAAUCGGUUUAACAAUACGUGUUUUGUCGGUGACUCACACUGAAGAACACAAAGGGUCCUUUUAAAACCAAAGGCGUCCGAGAUGGCACAAGCAAGGACAUUGACUGUAAGCUACAGUAUGAGCAAAGGGUUUGAUAGUGAUCUUACUUAACACGAGUUUACAUGUUCACUUAUGUAACGCCUCAGUCUUGGUACAGCAUUUGUACACUGGCGAUGAAUUGCAUAGGCGAGGACUUGUCUGUGACAUUUAUUAUCACAGAAAAUUCUUUUUAGGGGGGGCAUCCAUCUUACCCCGGCUUCUUCUACCGUCAUGAGCACGAUUACAACAGUGUCGCUAAAAACGUUAGCAUAGAUUAGGGGAACUGUAUGCAGAAAUUCACGCGAAUCACGACACGACAAGCGUUGGAUCCUUUCCAGACGUGAGCCUGCGGGCCUGGUCCAUUUGCAAAAGUCUCGCACUGUUUUGUGUGAUUCAUUCAGUCAGAAUCCCUCCCCUGGUCUAAUGUGCAUGCAGCACUGUAAAAAAAAUAUGGUUCUGAGCAUUACUCAUUGUCAUCCCAAAUCUUGAAGAGAAUCCGUCUCAUAGGAAACUGGCGCGCUUGUUUAUGCCUCUGUUUCCGGCUGGCUGUGGCACAUCUUUCAUCGCCUUAAGCUCUCUGAAUCUGCAUGACUCUCAAGCCUCUUUCUAGAUCUUUCCAGCGCUCCAAACCUUUUUACAAGCAGCCCUUAACCUCGAGUGUUAUUAAUUACAAUCAGGUACAUUGCUAAAUGUAACCUAAGAUUUACUAGUUUUCUUAGAAUUCUCCAUGCUUAAGUCUUGUUUUUUUAUUGGAAUUGUGUUUAUGAAUAUUGCUCCCUUGUUGCCUCAGAACUCAUUAUUAAAAUUGAAUAUGGAAUA